AUGGAAAGAGGCUCAUCGGCCCAGCCUGCAAGGCUUAUGCUUGCAAACGUGCGCCACUCUCGACAGUGUUCAUCCUCGAUUCGACGAUGGGCAAGGGCGAUGCUCGAGCAAGGCAGAGUGGCCACGUUCUGUCGAUCCUCUGGCGAUCGCCGCUUGCAAUCCUCGCAAUCCAGCCCGAUGCAUCCACAAGCUCAGCCAGAGUCCACCUCUGCCUCGCCCAACCGCGGGUUGCCACCACCUUUCCCGGCGCUCGCCGCUGCAUGCUCGCUUUCGCGAAGCCAUUUAGCCUCUUUCACCAGGUGUCGAGAGCCUAAAAUUGAAUCGAUCGUCAUUGUCAAGAGGGCGCGAGGCGGCGAGAGGUGCAAAGCGGAUUCGAUCGAAGGCGCAUGGGUGUUCUUGCGAGCUCGACGUGCGUCGCGCGCCCGCAUCGCCGCCGCACCCGCCCACCGCUCCGAUGACACGCGCAUGCAGGUGUCAUGCAGCCCUCUGCAGCGAGAUUGCAACCAUGCAUUUGCCUCUCCAUUCUCCACUCUUUCCUUUCAACGAAAAGAAGAUGCGGCGGCCUUUUGUUUUCCUGAAUUCGUGCCCAAGGGUCCAGUCCUUUGCGCACAGAUCGCCAAAUCUCGCAAAUCCGCGAAACCGCAAACCCGCAACGCAAAUGUCGGAGCACGAUUUCAGGUCGGGUCUCAGCUCCCAGCGGUUGCCAUCGAUCGUGCGCAGCCCGUCUUGUUCAUCCGGGACACGGCCCUCCCCGGCGUCAAUUGCCUCGUUUUGGGCGGCACUGGGAUGGCAUCGUCGCCACUCCUGACGCUGCGGUAUGCAAGCCUCGAGGAUGUGGCGCAGGAUCUGGACAUGGUGAUCCAGUCCGCGUCCGCCGAUCAAUGGAGCUGGCAGGGCGUCAGCGCCGGCGAGGAGCAGGCUUGGUCGCGCUUCGUACAAGAUCCGAGCUCGGUUUCCGCUGAGGAAGCAGCGUCUGCGAUCGCAGGCAUGGCUGGCAAGAUUCAGGUGACGCCGGACGUGGCGCUGUCGUUCGCGCUGCUGUCUCGGCAUGGUGGGCUGGAUGGGUCGCCCAUCGAGGCGGGAGUGGACAUGUCGGCGCCCACUAUCUCGAGCCAGGGUGUAGCGACGAUCAAGGAGGCGCUUGUCGGUCGCACGCGUGCAUGGGACGACGACGGCGUGGAAUCGCUCUUUCUGUUCGACUUGCUCACAACGGCUCAGGAGCAAGUAGCCUCUGCCGAUCUCGCACCAAGCGCCGAAUCAGGCGGGCGCGAGCAGGGCCUCGAAUCUGUCCUGCACACCAAGGAGUCCGACUCGGCCACUUCGAUCCAGAUGGCACGUGCGCUGUUCUGGUCGCACCAUCUCAAGGCACCUUCCAAGCUCAAGGACUUCAACAACUGGUGUCCCGAGCUGCGCAUCUGGGGCAUCGUCCGCACAGGCUACCCCGGCUACCUCUGCUUCGAAGGCGAAGCUACAGCGGUAGCGCAAAUGGUUCGCCGUGUCAAAGCGCUUCAAUGGCACGCCAUACAGCUUCGUGUCAACGAAACCUGGACUUGGCACGCAACCUCACCCGGUGACGGAACGAAGCUUUCACCGCUCGAACAAGCGCUUCUUUCGUGCGCCCUGGCGCGGGAUCACCCCGACAACACCGAGGCGGGCAAGGUGCGCACGGGAUGCCAGGUCCUCGAAUCGCUGGGUGAGCUCGUGCAACGCCUGCGCGAGUGUGGCCUGCCCCACGACGAGAUCUCCGACGCACUAGGCAUUCGCAUCAGCACGGCACAAGGCUCAGAUUCGUAA